AUGUACACUUCAACCUUCCUCCCCUUCCUCCUGCCACUAGCGCACGCCCACAUCGCCUCCUUCGCCAAAGGCAUGUAUUGCCGCUCCGGCCUCACGGGCGAAAACAACCUCAACAACAACCUCCCCAUCGCCCCGCUCUACCAGCUCUCCAAAAAGGACUGGUGGUUCCAACACGACCGCGGCUGCGACGGCGCUCCUCCACCCAAGGGCGAGUUCCUGGAGAUCCCUGCUGGUGGCAGUUUCACGGUCGAGCACGCGAAUAACCAGGCGUUUACCUCGUUGUCGUAUGAUGGGACGGGGGUGUCGCGGUGGCCGGAUGGGGCACAGCAUCCGCGGGAUUGGCAUGGGGAGUGGGAUGGGGCGGAGUGUUUGCCGGGGGGUGGGUGGAUACAUGCGGUGAAUCAGAGCAAUGCGCAGGGGACGGCUUUUGCGAUUGCGUAUGAGUCGGAUUUGAGUAAGAUUGAGAUGGAGGAUUUGACUGUGUUUUCUGUGUUGGAGCACACGCCAUGGCACAGAGAAGCGACCUACCAGGUCCCGGCCGGCAUGCCUGCCUGUCCGAAGGGCGGGUGCACUUGUGCCUUCCUCUGGAUCCCUAAGGGCUGCGGUCAAGCGAACAUGUAUAUGCAAGGCUUCAAAUGCAAAGUCACCAACCCCGGCCGCAAGCAAAUUGCCAAAGCGAAGCCGCCGGUCUGGUGUGCGGAUAAUCAGAAGAAAUGCCGAAAGGGCGCGAAGCAGAUGAUUGUCUUCAACCAGCUCGAGGGCAACAACGUCAAUCACCCCGAGUUUGAGACCCCAGCCUACAACCACAUUGCCGGUUUUAAGCUAGGUGCGCAGACCGAUAUCUUCAAGAAGACAUCUUCCGUCCGCAAUGGACGCCGCGAGCUAGUGAAGGUGCGGUCGCUGGCUGGUCUCGAGGGGUAG